CCCCACGCUACACAUUGCCUGCGUCUGGAGAAGAACAGCAGUGGUGUUUCACCAUGGGACUUUUACUCAGCCGGAUUCAGAGCGCUUUGCAGAGUUUCUAUGGGACGGAGGCUCGUAUUCUCCUGCUGGGCCUGGAUGCCGCUGGCAAAACAACCAUCCUCUAUAAGCUGAAGCUGAACGAAACCGUAACGACCAUUCCCACCAUUGGCUUCAACGUGGAAACGAUUCAGCCCAUCAACAAUGUCUCUUUCACCAUGUGGGAUGUGGGUGGUCAAGACCGGAUCAGAGUGCUGUGGAGGCAUUACCAUCCCAACACAGAUGGGCUGGUUUUUGUGGUGGACAGUGCAGAUUGCACCCGCUUUGAGGAGGCCCAGGCCGAGUUGGAAGCCCUGCUGGAGACCAAGGACUUGCAAGACGUGCCUGUAGUGCUGCUGGCCAACAAGCAAGACUUGCCUGGAGCGUGGCCCCCACUAGAACUGGCCGAAAAAAUGGGGCUGAGGAAACUGCGAGGGCACCAGUGGCAUGUGCAGGGCUGCUGUGCCGUGAACGGAGAUGGAAUCCCCGAGGCCAUGUGGAAGCUCUCCGAGAUGGUCAAGGUGCAUCACAAAGCCCAGGGUAAAUAGUCAACUGGGGAGGCAUAUAAAGACCCCCAUCUUGCUUGUAGGACACAAGACAUCCUGCUAAUCAGUUGCUUCUUCUGGCUGAGAUGCCUUUGAGGUGCUUUCAUCUGCACAAGCUCUAUAUGGGACUCUAUCCUGCUUAUCCACUGCUGCCAUGGGAUUUGGGAGAAGAUGCACAUGCCUUAGUGUGCUUCUUGGACACUGAACAUGGCAUACUAUUGGACUAUACACAGGACAUUUGUGAUCCACUGUUUGGACCAAUAAAGGCAUUGUCUUAAUUCAGAAUGUUUCUUACAGGCCAACAUUGCUGCUUUUACUUUUGUUCAACAGACCAUUAACCA